UGAGAACAACAAAUCACAACCAUUAUUUGAUUUAUAAAAAAACUUUUAAAGUCUAUCAGUGAGAAAAAAAUCAAGUUAAUUUAUAAGUUUCCCUCGGCGCAUUAAGUCACAAGCCAAAAGUUGAGCGAAUAAUACAAGUAGUUUUAAAAUGAACUCAUUAAAAGUACUCGGCUUCUUUUGUUUAAUAAUGACAAUGGUGUUAUCAAAUCCAGUACCAGUUGAAGAUAAUUAUAUUCUUGCUGACUUACUAAGGAAAGCCCAAUUGGCUCCUUCGUCUAAAGAGAGUAUUGUUGUUAAGAGACGUAUUUUUGAAGAUAAUUCCGAUGGGGAGUUAAAACAAAUUGCACUAAGUUCUUUAAUAGGGGAUUUCGAAAAAAACAUGUUUGGUUCAGCCUUAAGUCUUAACAAAGUCUUAGCGGAUAAAGAUGUUAGUAUACCGGAAAUUGAAGUCAAAAAAAAUUCUGACAUCAAACAGAGAAAAGAAGAAACGAAUAGUGAACUUACAACAACCACGUCAACUAUGACGACAACUACGGAAUCGAGCAAAAUUUUGUCUACAGAGACAAAUGAACAGUCCAGCGGAGCACCAACUCAUAUCGUUAUUGAUCGUAUCGCCAUACAACCCCAUACUGGAGGUAUAGCAUUAAUACCCAUUUUUGAAUUAAAACGUACUAGAAAAAAUGAAAAUGAGAGCAAAGAUCAUGAAAUUACUAAAAUUACAAUAUCAAAAACUGAAAUCACAAGUUUAGCGACAGCACUACCGGAAUCAUCUACCAACUCUUUAGCGAUCAAUUCUACUACGCCCAUUUCUACGUCUACCACCACAACAAAGAAAUUAACCGAAACUGUUUUAGAACCUGCUACAACUCCCAAAAAUAUUGAACAGCUAAAGGAGGCCGAAGAGGAGUUAAAGGAAAAAGUAGCUGAAAUAGAGGCAGAGCCUAUUAUACUCUCAGCUCGAGUUUAAUUAAAAGACCUUAUUAACAUAAUUUAUUUUACUAUAAACACAUUAUCUCAAAUCUCCUAUAGUGAUUUAUCUCAACAAUACAAAUAUAUGUAUAUGUAUCUAUUAAACACACAAUAAAAAAAAUACUUUUAAAUACGGUAUUUUUACAAAUGGC